GCCAUUUGACAAGCACAAAUUGAAAUUUAUUGUUUAAAUAUGUCAAAUUCAAAGAAUGCUCACAAAUUAACGAACAAAAGUAGAUUAGAUACACAAAAGAUCGAAGAUAAUGAAGGUGAAUUAUUAAGUUGUGACCAAACUGAAAGCUGUUCUUAUGCUGUGACUGUGUCAAAAAAGCUGUCUGGUUCAUCGGAAGAAUCGAAUCUAUGCGGCGGUCAAAAAUCAUUUAUUAGCAUUCACUCGACCGAUCAGCUCUGUCAGGUGGCAGGAAUACAGAAUCCAGCUAAUAUAGAUGAAUGCAAUGUUGAAGUGCUCACCUUAAACGAAGUAUUUCCCUCAACCUCUGAUGAAAGUCUGUCGAACGACGAAUCCCCUGUGCGUAGGAAGAGACAUCACAAGAAAGGUCCAAACAAAACGCUGCCACAAGAUGCAACGAACACUCCCUACAUGCCCACCAAUAGUAAAUCUUCUACUGCACCAAAUCGGACAAAGGAGGCAGUGGAAGCUCAAUCUUCUGUACAUUCAGAUUUUAACAUACCAAAAAAUACGUUAUAUGUUACGGGUAGUAAUCCCGGUGAGCCUAAAAUGUCCUAUCAAGAUCCACCCAAAAAAAUGUCGAAAACUAUGAAAAAAUUUCUCAGGAAUAUUGACAAGCACAAAAGCGAACAGAUGAACAAAAUGAAUGAGAAAGCAAUUAGUAAACUGACUACAAUGCGCGGAAUCCUCAAAGACGGUCGCUGCGUACCAGAGUGCACGGGAGAUUCGUCGUUACAGGACCCAGAAAACCAAGAAAACGCUGAUGAUUUGUCCUUAACAUUCGCAUUGGAUUUCGGACCACAGAUUAGUUAUACGAAACAAAUCCCAGAUAAAAAUGUUUCAUUCAACACUCAAGUGGUAAUUAUUCAUUUUACUGGCGACCUCUGCGUUGGGCAGAGCAUUGAAACUCUAAGCAAAGAAAAGGAUCAACAGGCUAGGAAUUCGGAACUACGAAAAACUUUUCUUACAAAAUAUAACGAGCUGUGGCCCACUCAAAAGUAAUUUCCACUCAGAAUAUAAAUAAGGAUGAGAAUGAAUGCGCGUUAUAUUUAAAAUAAUUGUUGAAAAAAAUAUACUAGUAAGUUAUUGGAUGAUAUUGUUAAAUGCUUAUUUUAUUUUG